AUGGAUGACAAGGGGCGUUCUUACAAUUUAUACAAAAAUAAACAUAAUGAGGAUAAAUUAAAUUAUAAAACAUAUAAGCAAAGUAAAGAGUAUAGUGAAGAAAAUGAUAAAAAUAUAAAGAAGACAAAUAAUUAUAGCAAUAAAAAUCAAAACAAUGAUUACAGUAUUAUGAAGUAUAAUUCUAUUAACAGAAAUAAUUAUAAUCCUAAUGAUUACUGCAAGAGUUUUAAUAAUUCUCCUUCAAAUAAAAAUAAUAUGAAUUACAAUUAUCUAAGUAAUAACGAUGAUAAUAAUAAAUACAAGAAAUAUAAAAAUAAUGAUGAUUAUUAUAAAUAUCAUAAUAAUUAUAACGAUGAAAAUGAUAACAUUAUUAUGAAGAGUCAUUCUAAAAAUAUAUCAAAAAAUAAUGAUUUAAAUAGCAAUGCAAAUGACAUUAAUUAUAGAGGUUCCUAUAAUUAUGAAAAUAGUAAUAAUUAUAGUAACAAUAAGAACAUGAAUUAUACUUCUUAUAGUAAUAUUUAUAAUAAUAAUAAUAAUAAUAAUAACAAUAAUAAUUAUGAUACUAAUUAUAGUCGUCACAAUUAUGAUCAAAAUAACAAUUAUAAUAAUGAAAACUAUAAUAAUAAAAUGACUUAUAAUGAUGAUUAUGUUGAAAAGAAUUUUAACUACAAUCAAAAUAUUAAUAGCAAUGAAAAUUGCAUUAAUUAUUGUUACAAUUAUAAGAGUAAUAAACAAAAUAAAAAUUUCGAUGAUAUAGGAGAAGUAAGUAUCAUUAAUAGUGAUUACAAAAAUAGUAAUAUAAAUUAUAAAAAUACAAAUUUUAAUGAAAAAAACAAGGAUCCUAUUUCUUGUUAUGAUAAAAAUGAGAAUUAUCUAAUUAGAACAAAUUUUUGUACAUAUGAAAAGGAUCAAUCUGAAGAAAUUAUGAACAAAAAGAAUAAUACAUGUAACAACGAUAAUCAUAAUAAUUUUAAUGACGAUAAUAUUAUAAAUAAGGAUUCAAAAACUCAUAAUAAAAACACCAAAGAAUACAAAAAUAAUGAAGAACUAGUAAAUUGUAAUAUUUCACAUGAAUUAAAUGAGGAAGAGAAAUUUUUUUUAGAAGAAUUAUUAACAUAUUGUGAAGAACCUAAAAAAGAUAGCAUUAACAAAGCAAAUGAAUGGAUAUUAAAUAAAUGUGAUUAUCUUAACAAUAGUAAAGUUAUAUCUUUACAUUUUUAUAAUAAAAUAUUAAAAUGUGUAAAUUUUAAAAAUAAAUUAAAUUUGGUUUUUUCUUAUCAUGAGUUGUUAAGAAAUUUUAUGCUAAAUAAUAAAAAAAAGGCAUUGGCUGAAUUUAAAAUAUAUAUGAAUUCAAUAAUUCAAGAUGCAUAUACAUGUGCAUAUUAUAAAGAUCAGAAUUCAAUAAAUGUUUUAUUACAAAUGGUUUAUAAAUGGAAUGAGCUAUCAAUUAAUAAUUUUCAGGAAACAAAAAUGUUAUUAAAUAUAUUUCAUUAUGACAAUAAUCAUCAUCAUAAUAAUCAUUUAGAUAAAAGUAAAAAUGAACAUUAUAGUUAUAGCAAUUCAAAUAAAUUUUUAAAUUCACAUGGUUUUCAAAAUCAAAAUUAUCAAAAUCAAAAAAUGCCACCACCACCACCACCUCCUCCAUUACCUUCAUCAAAUUCUAAUGAUUUUUCGAAAGGUUAUAAUUUACAUGAAAAAUUUAGAAAAAAGGAUAUUGAUGAAAAUAAAAUGAAUUACUUAAAUAAUUCAAUGGUAACUAACGAUGUAAACAAAAAUCCAGAGGAUAUUUCUGUUGGUUUUUUAGCUACACUAUUAAAAUAUAUUUCGAAAAAAGGAAAAAAAUUACAAAAUCCUUUAAUUCCUUAUACUCCUAUAGAUGUUUCUUAUACCUAUCAGACUCCUCCAUCUAUAAAUUCUUCAGAAAAAUUAAAUGAAAAAAUAAAUGAUUUUUAUGAUGAAUUGAAGCAAAUUAUAAAUGAUGAAGAUAUUGAAAGCAGUGAUGCUUCUGAUUCAGAUGGAUUUAAUGCAUAUGAAAAUUAUAAAAAAUUAAAAAAUUUAGACAAAAAAAAAAAAAAUUAUAAAAAUAGCAAUAAUCAUUCAAAAUUAUGUAAUAACAGUAAUAAUUUAACUAAUGAUAAAUAUGAUCAGAAUGAUUAUUCAAGUGAUACUAAUACAACGUUUUCUUCUGUUGAAUUAUUUGAUAACUCGAUGAUUGAACUUUUAUCAGAUAGUAAUAACCAGAAGAAAAAUAAAAAAAGUAAAAAUGUUAAUUUUAGUCAAAUAGCUAUUGAAAAUGCACAAAGUUGGAAUGAUGAAAAAGAUCAUAAUACUUCCAUUUUUGAUUAUUAUUCUUCAGUUGUAAAAGAAUCAAAUGACAACGAUGUAUUCGAAAAAUACAGGAGAAGCAAAGCGUAUGUAUAUCAUGAAACUAUUGCUCAGAAAUUUUAUGAUUUAAAGAAUAAAGAAAUAUAA